GAAGAGGCCUCCGCUUCUUCUUUUCUUCACAAUUGAAAUUGUUUCGUUUCUCAACAUUCAAAGAAAUUCCCUUCAAUUCUCUCGAAGCCUCUUUUUCAGCCUGUCAAGAUGCAAAUCUUCGUGAAAACCCUUACCGGCAAGACCAUCACCCUUGAGGUGGAGUCAUCUGACACCAUCGACAAUGUCAAGGCUAAGAUCCAGGACAAGGAGGGCAUCCCUCCAGACCAGCAGCGUCUCAUCUUCGCUGGAAAGCAGCUCGAGGACGGCCGUACCCUCGCUGACUACAACAUCCAGAAGGAGUCAACCCUCCACCUGGUGCUCCGUCUGCGUGGUGGCAUGCAGAUCUUCGUCAAGACCCUCACCGGCAAGACCAUCACCCUUGAGGUCGAAAGCUCCGACACCAUUGACAACGUCAAGGCCAAAAUUCAAGAUAAGGAAGGUAUCCCCCCAGACCAGCAGAGGCUGAUCUUCGCCGGCAAGCAGCUGGAGGAUGGCCGUACCCUCGCAGAUUACAACAUCCAGAAGGAGUCAACCCUCCACCUGGUGCUCCGUCUGCGUGGUGGCAUGCAGAUCUUCGUCAAGACCCUCACCGGCAAGACCAUCACCCUUGAGGUCGAAAGCUCCGACACCAUUGACAACGUCAAGGCCAAAAUUCAAGAUAAGGAAGGUAUCCCCCCAGACCAGCAGAGGCUGAUCUUCGCCGGCAAGCAGCUGGAGGAUGGCCGUACCCUCGCAGAUUACAACAUCCAGAAGGAGUCAACCCUCCACUUGGUGCUCCGUCUGCGUGGUGGUAUGCAGAUCUUCGUCAAGACCCUCACCGGCAAGACUAUCACCCUGGAGGUCGAGAGCUCCGACACCAUUGACAACGUCAAGGCUAAGAUUCAAGAUAAGGAGGGCAUCCCACCAGACCAGCAGAGGCUGAUCUUCGCCGGAAAGCAGCUCGAGGAUGGCCGUACCCUUGCUGACUACAACAUCCAGAAGGAGUCCACUCUCCAUUUGGUGCUUCGUCUCCGUGGUGGUAUGCAGAUUUUUGUCAAGACCCUGACGGGAAAGACCAUCACUCUGGAGGUCGAGAGCUCGGACACCAUUGACAAUGUCAAGGCGAAGAUCCAGGACAAGGAGGGUAUCCCACCAGACCAGCAAAGGUUGAUCUUUGCAGGGAAGCAGCUCGAGGAUGGCCGUACCCUUGCUGACUACAACAUCCAGAAGGAGUCCACGCUCCAUUUGGUGCUUCGUCUCCGUGGUGGUAUGCAGAUCUUCGUGAAGACCCUGACCGGAAAGACUAUCACUUUGGAGGUCGAGAGCUCGGACACCAUUGACAAUGUCAAGGCGAAGAUCCAGGACAAGGAGGGUAUCCCACCAGACCAGCAAAGGUUGAUCUUUGCAGGGAAGCAGCUCGAGGAUGGCCGUACCCUUGCUGACUACAACAUCCAGAAGGAGUCCACGCUCCAUUUGGUGCUUCGUCUCCGUGGUGGUAUGCAGAUCUUCGUGAAGACCCUGACCGGAAAGACUAUCACUUUGGAGGUCGAGAGCUCGGACACCAUUGACAAUGUCAAGGCGAAGAUCCAGGACAAGGAGGGUAUCCCACCAGACCAGCAAAGGUUGAUCUUUGCAGGGAAGCAGCUCGAGGAUGGCCGUACCCUUGCUGACUACAACAUCCAGAAGGAGUCCACGCUCCAUUUGGUGCUUCGUCUCCGUGGUGGUAUGCAGAUCUUCGUGAAGACCCUGACCGGAAAGACUAUCACUUUGGAGGUCGAGAGCUCGGACACCAUUGACAAUGUCAAGGCGAAGAUCCAGGACAAGGAGGGUAUCCCACCAGACCAGCAAAGGUUGAUCUUUGCAGGGAAGCAGCUCGAGGAUGGCCGUACCCUUGCUGACUACAACAUCCAGAAGGAGUCCACGCUCCAUUUGGUGCUUCGUCUCCGUGGUGGUAUGCAGAUCUUCGUGAAGACCCUGACCGGAAAGACUAUCACUUUGGAGGUCGAGAGCUCGGACACCAUUGACAAUGUCAAGGCGAAGAUCCAGGACAAGGAGGGUAUCCCACCAGACCAGCAAAGGUUGAUCUUUGCAGGGAAGCAGCUCGAGGAUGGCCGUACCCUUGCUGACUACAACAUCCAGAAGGAGUCCACGCUCCAUUUGGUGCUUCGUCUCCGUGGUGGUAUGCAGAUCUUCGUGAAGACCCUGACCGGAAAGACUAUCACUUUGGAGGUCGAGAGCUCGGACACCAUUGACAAUGUCAAGGCGAAGAUCCAGGACAAGGAGGGUAUCCCACCAGACCAGCAAAGGUUGAUCUUUGCAGGGAAGCAGCUCGAGGAUGGCCGUACCCUUGCUGACUACAACAUCCAGAAGGAGUCCACGCUCCAUUUGGUGCUUCGUCUCCGUGGUGGUAUGCAGAUCUUCGUGAAGACCCUGACCGGAAAGACUAUCACUUUGGAGGUCGAGAGCUCGGACACCAUUGACAAUGUCAAGGCGAAGAUCCAGGACAAGGAGGGUAUCCCACCAGACCAGCAAAGGUUGAUCUUUGCAGGGAAGCAGCUCGAGGAUGGCCGUACCCUUGCUGACUACAACAUCCAGAAGGAGUCCACGCUCCAUUUGGUGCUUCGUCUCCGUGGUGGUAUGCAGAUCUUCGUGAAGACCCUGACCGGAAAGACUAUCACUUUGGAGGUCGAGAGCUCGGACACCAUUGACAAUGUCAAGGCGAAGAUCCAGGACAAGGAGGGUAUCCCACCAGACCAGCAAAGGUUGAUCUUUGCAGGGAAGCAGCUCGAGGAUGGCCGUACCCUUGCUGACUACAACAUCCAGAAGGAGUCCACGCUCCAUUUGGUGCUUCGUCUCCGUGGUGGUAUGCAGAUCUUCGUGAAGACCCUGACCGGAAAGACUAUCACUUUGGAGGUCGAGAGCUCGGACACCAUUGACAAUGUGAAGGCGAAGAUCCAGGACAAGGAGGGGAUCCCACCAGACCAGCAGAGGUUGAUCUUUGCAGGGAAGCAGCUGGAGGACGGCCGUACUUUGGCUGACUACAAUAUUCAGAAGGAGUCUACCCUUCACCUUGUGCUGCGUCUGAGGGGUGGUAUGCAGAUCUUUGUGAAGACCUUGACUGGGAAGACCAUCACUUUGGAGGUGGAGAGCUCGGACACAAUCGACAAUGUUAAGGCCAAGAUCCAGGAUAAGGAAGGUAUUCCCCCAGACCAGCAGAGGUUGAUCUUUGCUGGUAAGCAGUUGGAGGAUGGAAGGACUCUGGCCGACUAUAACAUCCAGAAGGAGUCUACCCUUCACCUUGUCCUCCGUCUCCGUGGUGGUUUCUAGGAAGUGGAAGUCUCUGGUGUCACCCUGCUUUUUAUGAAUGUUUCUGUGGUUCCCUUUAAACAAUGUUUUUAAGUUUCAAGUUUCAUGGUACUGUUUCUGCCUCUUGGGGAGGCAUUUAUCUAGUUUGGUUUCCUGGUACUUAUUGUUUAAUAAAUAAAUUUGUUCUUGCGUAAUAAUUUGAUCUCUGUGGUUGUUGUUUGUCCGAGUUAAA